GCUGCACUGUGUCUUUAAGCUCCAGUGAAAUCUAUCUGAGGGAGUCGCAGCCUUCAGGAUCAUUGUGUUUGUGCGCCCAGUACAGUACAGUGGAGGGACCGGCUCUGUGUUCUUACUCUGGAUGGGAUCUGGUGUGUGUGUGUAUGUGUGGUUUUUUUUAACGCACGGGAUGGUUAUUAAUGCACUUGAAACGCAUAGAGUAGAGUAAAAGGCUACUAACCCGCCUAACCAUGAGAUGCAACUGGGUUGUUUUUGCCUCACAUUUUGUUUUGCUGCCACUAACAGUUUGGUGCCAGCCAGUCAUCUCCCCCAGCGGGCCUCACAUAGUCGUUCCCAGGAGAGGGAAGCUGGAGCUGCGUUGCAGUGACAAUGGCACGAUGUCUGGCACCCCGUCCGGUUUGAGCUGGCAGAGGGAGAGGGCCCGCAGGCUGGAGGGAGAGGUGGAGGAGGGCGGAGUGGCUUACGUCAAGGUGUCAUCAGCGCAGCCUUACCACAUGGGUCGUUACGUGUGUGUCAACAAAAGCACGCUGGAACACAAAUCCAUCUAUGUUUAUGUGAAAGACCCCCAGAAUGCCUUCCAGCGCACCAUGGUGAACGUCAUCCUGGUGCGUGCAGGUGAGAACUGCACCAUCCCCUGUCUUGUGACCGACCCUGAGGUCACCCUCCUGGCUCUGGAGACCUGUGAUGGACAACCUUUGCCCUCUGGUAUGAACUACAGCAGCAACCUCCAGCGAGGCGUCAUCAUCAGCAAAGUGAGAAAAGAAUAUGAGGGCUGUUUCGUAUGCGUGGGACAGCUUGGGGGAGUUAAAGUGACGUCAAGCCAAUACACUAUGGAUGUACGACUCGUGCCAGAUGUGCCUCCAGCGAUCACGCUGUCCCAGAAAGACACCGUUAUUCUGAAGAAAGGAGAGCAGUUUGAGAUCACCUGUAGCUCCGCCAACGUCAACCCGGACGUCAGUGUCAAGUGGGAUUUCCCUUUAACAGCGCACCCUGAAGAAUCCUCCACCUCACACAUCCUGCCCGGUUCCCGCGGUUACCAACGUAGCACCUCACUCUUAAUCACAGCUGUCAACCAAUCAGACUCGGGCACUUACCGCUGCCACGCCCACAAUGAGAGAGGGGCCAGUGCCACGUCGCUGCAGCUGGAUGUCCGAGAUCAGGGGUUCAUCACCAUGUUAGGCAGCCCAGGUCCGAUCCAGUCUGAUGUUAAAGAGGGGGAGAGCCUGAGCCUCAGAGUAGAACUGGAUGCCUACCCUGCCCCCCGCUCCCUGUCCUGGUCUUUCAACGGCAAACAGCUCCUCAACACCACAGAGCACGUUAUCACCAUCCAGCGCCGCAAAUACAGACUCAUCAGCGAGCUCAGACUAGUGAGGGUCCUCGGCUCGGAGGGCGGGAUCUAUAUGUUCUCAGCCAGCCAUGAGGACGCGUCUGUCGAUCACUCAUUCCACGUGUACGUCAACAGUAAGCCGGUUAUCAUCGCCCAGGAAGGCCCUGUUGAUGGACAGGUGCAGUGUGUUGCUUCUGGUUUCCCAGUCCCUAAAAUAAGCUGGUACUUCUGUGAGCUUCCCCACACGAGGUGCUCACACCUGCCUAAUGCCACCCAAUGGGAGACUCCGGAUGUUGCCAUUGUAACAGAGAGUACCUUCGGUCGGAGCGAGGUGGUGAGCCGACUGAAUGUGAGCAAGGAGCAUGCGCAUUAUCACACCCUGGAGUGUGUGGCGAGCACGGAGGGGGAGGAGGCCUACACACUGUUCUCCAUCAGUGAACGCAUCGUCCCCCACAAACUCUUCACUCCUCUGCUAACCGGCAUGGUGGCCACGGGCAUCUUUCUCAGCCUCAUUCUAGUGGUGCUGCUCUAUAAAUACAUGCAGAAACCAAAGUUCCAAAUCCAGUGGAAGGUCAUUGAGAGUAUCCAUGGCAACAACUACAUAUACAUUGACCCGACCCAGCUGCCAUAUGACUCCAAAUGGGAGUUUCCUCGACAGAAACUACGUUUUGGUAAAACUCUGGGCUCUGGGGCUUUUGGGAAGGUAGUGAGAGCCACAGCAUAUGGACUCUGCUCUGCAGAUACUGUCACAACCGUCGCUGUUAAGAUGCUCAAACCCAACGCUCACUCUACGGAGAAGGAGGCGCUGAUGUCAGAGCUGAAGGUGCUCAGUUACCUUGGAAAUCACGUGAACAUUGUCAACCUGCUGGGAGCCUGCACUGUCGGAGGCCCAAUUCUGGUGAUCACAGAGUACUGUUGCUAUGGCGACCUCCUCAACUUCCUGCGCAGAAAAAGAGAGUCCUUCCUAAACUCCCAAGUUGCUGAUGGUUACUAUCGCAACGUCUCGAACCAAACGGAGCCUACAAUAAGGGAGGUGACUGGUACAGGAUAUAUGCCCAUGCGUCCCUCUGAGAAAGAAAGGGCUUCCCAGUCAGUCGAUAUAGAGGAGCUGUCACUGGACGCCGAGGACCUCCUCAGUUUUUCCUACCAAGUGGCCAAAGGAAUGGAGUACAUUACUUCCAAGAACUGUGUCCACAGGGAUCUUGCAGCCAGAAAUAUUCUGCUGACGCACGGCAGGGUGGCGAAGAUCUGUGACUUUGGGUUAGCACGAGAUAUCACCACUGACGCCAGCUAUGUGCUCCGGGGCAAUGCGCGUCUGCCAGUCAAGUGGAUGUCCCCCGAGAGCAUUUUCGACUGUGUCUACACCUUUGAGAGUGACGUGUGGUCCUACGGCAUCCUGCUCUGGGAAAUCUUCUCCCUUGGUAACAGCCCGUAUCCGGGGAUGCAGGUGGGCUCAGUAUUUUAUAGGAUGAUUCAAGAUGGCCAUAGGAUGAGCCGGCCCGAGUAUGCUCCCAUCGAAAUGUAUGAUAUGAUGCUAUCUUGUUGGAACCAUGACCCCUUGAAAAGGCCUUCCUUCAGGAAACUGGUGGAGAGAACAGAGCUUCUUCUGUCAGAAAAUACCAGGAAUGUGUACCUGAGGCUGAGCAACGCUCCAGGUCAUCCAGAUCAGCAGAGGGCGCCAUCGCGAAGGCUGAGCUCAGUCUGCAGCACGACAGCCCCCACCCAGCCUUUACUGCAAAACACAGCGGACGUCUUCCUGGACUAUGUCUGACUCGUACACACACACACACAUACACACACACACACACACACACACAUCUACAUACUAACACUGCUAUGAAACACACAACCCCCCCUACCUCCCUGACCAUUCUCUCCUUUUCUCGCACAAACUACAAGAGCCAAAUGCACUACUAACAACACAUUCACUCGAACCAACUCUAAAACGCUGGCCUUCCUGCAUUACACGCACACACACACACACACACACACACACACACACACACACUGUAUAUAAACGACCCUGCACUGGGCGCUCAGUCCUGGCCUCUAUCUAAUCCCCAUUGGCGUAUUGAUCUCUGUGGUAGGUAUUUCAGGUGCAUGUCUAUAUAAAGCAGACUCCAGCACUAACCGCCCAUCAGAUACAACAUCCUCCAUCAGUAGUGGGAGGAGUUUUGGCUCACAUUCAGCCUUUGAUUGCAUCUUAAGAUGUUUUGGGGAAAUUAGAGACCUUUGACUGAGGAAUAGAUAAGCACAGUUGGUGCUUUGAUGAGUGGAUUGUUUUUUUUUCUGUGUCAGAUUUGUCUCCUGUUUUAUAGGAAUAUUUUGUCAUUUUGGGAAAUAUACAUAAAUACUGCUUUCUUGCAGAGAGUUAGAAGAGAAGAUGGACACUGCUUUAGUUAAGCUUGGAGGUAAAGCUUGCCUGGUAUAGCCAGACCUUUCUCAAUAACAC